CUUUCGUAGGACCUUGAUUUCUACAUUGACCUGCUGCAGACAGCCAUGAAAUUCCUGUGUUUACACGGCCGGGGGACAAACUCGGAUAUCUUCGAGUCGCAAUUAGUAAAUCUACGGAGCUGUCUCUCAUCCGCACAUAUAUUCGAUUUCAUCGACGCACAGUUUGAUUGUCCUCCUGCGCCGGGAAUCGGAGACUUUUAUCCUCCUCCAUAUUUAUGCUGGCACGAGCGGUACGAACCGAAAGACGUACAAGCAGUACAUGACUACAUCAACUCUGUGAUUGAAGAAGAUGGGCCCUAUGAUGGGAUUAUUGGAUUCUCAGAAGGAGCAGCUCUAGCUGCCAGCUUGCUUCUAUGUGAGGAAUACACCAGAUCCGGUGGUGCUGCAGCAUCUAUCAAAGUUGCUAUUUUCUUGAACGGUGUUGUGGCACUAUCGCCAUCGGAGAAGAUAGGGUAUAACAUUGGCGAGGCUAUUAUGGCAGAUCAAGAUAGAUACAUUGGUCUGCUGCAUGGCUUCGAGAGUGAAGACGUGGAUAAGAGCAACGAUGAGAAACGAUUCUCCCACAUCUAUGGCUUUUCGCCUGACGAUUUUCCCUGUCGCAUUUCGAUCCCCACACUACAUGUCAUCGGGGAAGGAGACUCGUUUGCGAAACAUGCACGGGCGAUUGCAGAUUUGUGUCAACAGGAAAAGGCAGAAGUAUUCCUGCAUGAUGGUGGGCAUGAACUUCCUCGUAGUGAGGCGACGAUUAGGAGAUGCGCCGAUGUGUUUGAGCGGGUAGUCACUAUGGCUUCUUUGGAUGGGAUAUAG